AUGCCGGCUGUAUGUAUGUCAGGCGAGUGGAACGAUGACAACAGUCGUGGUCUGCUCUGGCGCCUGCUCCUCGGGGUGAUACCGAGGGACUCGCCCCCUUCAGAGUGGGCGACGGAGAUGGCCAACAAGCGGGGGGAAUACCGUCGGCUAAAGGCGGAGCACAGGGUAGACAUUUCGAAGGUGUUGGACACGACGGAUCCCAUGUCCGCAAACCCGCUGUUUUCAGGAUCAGGAUCAGGCGAUGAUCCAUGGAGUCAUUUUUACGAGCGGAAGGAGAUGACAGAUACGAUCAAGGCUGACCUGGAGAGAUUGUUUCCCACCGGCUGCGGCGACCACUUCCUGGCCCCGGCGAGACAGGAACUCCUCCUCAGCGUUCUCUCGGUGUGGGCGGACUUGAACACGGAGACGGCGUACCGGCAGCUUUACGGCAUGAAGUGGGCGCGGCUGAUGUUCGGGCGAGAGUUCCGCGUGGAAGGGGUGCUGGUGCUGUGGGAUCAUAUCUUCGCUUCAUCGUGGAUCGAAGGUCAACCCGAUGUGCCGGAGUGCAUCGAGAACGUCGCCGUUGCCAUGGUUGUAUCGAUACGCCACCAGUUGCUGGCAGAAGACUGCACCGGUUGCCUGCAGCUCCUCAUGCGGUACCCGCCAGACCAGGGCGUUUCCACCGCCAUCUCCUUGUCCCUCUCGCUGGCCAAGGGUCAGUCUUUAGCGGCUUUUGAGCGAUCCACCGAACCCAGCUCUUUCGCUGCCGCAUCUUCUGGACGAGCGGCGCCGUCCUCCUCCUCAGAGAUCCAGCAAGAGCCUGCUCCUGUGUGGCUGAACCGGGGCGGCAGAGACCACGGCAGUGUUUCCGGCCGCAGUCCUUCUGCGACCGGUAGCGCAGGCCACGCGCCGUCGGAAUGGCGAAGAGACGACGGAGGCGGCGGCGGGGUAGGGGGGGCGGGGGCAGGCGGACGGGCAAGGGCGUUUGGGCGGGACGAGCGGCUGGAGACCGAGCGAGAAGCCAAGAACAACUGGCAGCAAGGGCUCGAUGAGUUUACUCGAAGGGCUAUGUCGGCAGCCCAAGGCGUGGCGAAGCUAGCGGUGCAGACUGUGGAGCGGACUCAAGGGGGGGGCGACCCGAGACAUCUACGGACGGCGGGAGGGGUGCCAGCGUCCGAGGCCUUAUCGCUCUCCCGACGGCUUAGGACAGCGUGCGCAAAGAUGGAGACUGGCGAGGCGCCCGUAAGCCUAGCUGCACAAGAGAUCAAGGAGGUGGCGAGAAUACUCGAGGCGCGAUCGGGAGCCCCCAGCGUUAGAGAGCCGCUUCGCUCGACCAAUAGCAUGGGAGGUGGGGGGGGGGGACAAGGCGUUACCCGAGCAUUCUCGACCUAUUCUGAGGAUGAUGGCUGCGCAGAUGCCUUGUACACUCAAGACUUGUGA